AUGAGUUCUUCGCGCGCAGUUCAUCAUUUUGUAUCCCCUGAGAGAGAGGUCAAUGCCGGCAUCUGGUCCCUUUUCGGCGGUGCGACUGUAUGUCUCGUUCUUCGACUUUGGUGCAAGCUGAGGAGACAAGGCCUUUGGUGGGACGACUAUAUACUCAUACUUUCCUGGGUGGUUCUUCUAACAACCGACAUCUUUAUAUCCUACGAAUUUGCGACCGGAUAUGUCGUCAAGACUUGGAAUGAUCGAAUGUUGAUUCUCGUAUCCAUAUCAUCCUGCCUCACUACCGCCGGCCAAACAUGGAGCAAAUCCGCCUUUGCAGUAACUCUUCUAAGGAUGACAAACAACUGGCAAAAAUUUAUUUGCGUAGCCACCCUCAUCAUCCUCAACAUCUUCCUCGUCCUCAAAGUCUUUGUAGAUUGGUCCAAAUACUGUGGUAAAUCCGGAUAUCAGAACUGGUGGAGGAUGCCUGGUUUCUGUGUUGAUUACCAAGCAGCAGCUAACAUCAAGGUUGGGGGAAAUAUCUUCAAUAUUGUGGCGGACUUUGUACUGGCUCUAUUCCCAUGGAUGGUCACAUGGAAAUUGAAGAUAUCUUUGAAAGAGAAGAUCGCUCUUUGCAUCACGAUGAGUCUUGGGGUUGUGGUCGCUAUCAUCUCAGCUGUAAGAACUGCUUGGAUGGAGAAUCCAAGUGUCGAUGCCUAUAAUGAUUAUUAUUUUUGGCGCCAAGGACUAUCCAUGGUCUGGUAUUCUGCCGAGGUCGCUGGCACCAUCAUUGUGCAAUCCAUCCCGCUAAUGCGACCCCUCGUAAACGACAUGCACACCUCUCUCGCCUCCAAAAAGCUAGGAUCCGGCGCCGACGGCAAAAGUUACGGUCCGGGAAAAUCAAACAAGAGUACGAACCGACGAACUCUUACUCUUAUCUUGCAAGGAUGUGAUGUGAAAGAUGACGAAAAUGAUGUAGAAGAUCAGAAGAGAGUCGAUGUUGAUCGAAUGCAUCUGACUCAGGAUGAGAAUGGGAAGAUUGUACUUAGGAGGAGAACCGACUCGGGGGGAGAUGUAAACGCGUAUCAGAAUAGUCGCGUGAAGAGUUCUGCUAGGAGAUUGGAAGAGGAGGAAAUUGGAUUGACGGAGGAUCAAAAGGACAGGAUGGUGGUGAGUAGUGAAUACCACGCUAAUGGAGGAUCUUUGGAGGAUAUUCCGGAGUAUCAUGCUCAUAGAGGACCAUUGGAGGAAAUCCCCGAGUAUCAUGCUCAUAGAGGACCAUUGGAGGAAAUUCCCGAGUAUCAUCCUCAUGGAGAGCCGUUGGAAGAGAUACCCGAAUACCGUACGAUUGGAGGCAAGGAGCAUAUCCCCAUGACGGAAUUCCAUGCUGUCACUUGUUAA